AUUUGGCGGUAAAAUUUAUGUUUAUGUUUAUGUUUUUUAUAGUUGUGUCCUGUUCUCUUUCUGGUUUACACCAAUUUACUAUUACAAUUUAAGCAUUCAGUUUUCCUUAAAAGAAAUGGAUUUUCAAAUCGUUAAUGGGAGUCAGUUGCCCAAUUAUAUAGAUAGAAAAGUAAGUGUUACAGGAUUUGUUAAUACAGCUGUUAUAAAUGCACUUACUUUCGAAUUGAGAGCUACAGAUAAUGUUAUGGUGAAAGUUAAUUUGAAGAAACCCUUAGAUCGACCCAUUGAAGGAUAUGUUGAAGUACAAGGUGUAUUCCAAAAUAGGGCCAUCACAGCUUCUAACUUGAUAGUAUUUGAAAAUACUGAUUUUGAUGCUGAAGGGCAUAAUACUCUAUGCAGUCUACUACAAUCGAUUCCUAAUUUAUGGAGUACUCAAAAAGUAUAGUGUGGAGAUUUGAUAUGCAUAUAAGUAAAGUUAGUGGUUUGUAAAUAUAUCUUAUAUCCCGGAAAUGUAAAAUACUACUAUAAUUGUUGGGUAAUGCUGUAGUAAAACAUUUGAUCAAUAACUGUAACUUAAAAUAAAUGAAGAAUUUUGUGUGUAUCUCGA